AGGCGUGCACAUUCCGCUGGUGUAAGAAUUUUGUGUUGUUGCGAAAAUACGCCUCAACAGCCAAUUGAAAAGUAAUACAGCAGUGCAAGUGUUGUGUCUUGAGUGUCUUUUUGAAAAUGAAUGACCCGGGUUUGGGUCCAGCGUCGAACAUGGCCGAUUCUAACCAUGCGAGUGGCAGCAACAAAUUUCUGUCGCUGCCGACGCCGCCGUCGCAGUCGCCAGUCGUCGGAAGUGCACCUCCGCCCAAGCGUAUUAUCAACAGAAUACCUUUGGAUUUCAAGAAACUUAAACAGGCCGGCUUGGACAUAAAGCUGGCGGAAGCAUUGCGAAAGCAAAGUCUAACAGCUAUGUCCACAUCUACCCCUUUUUCUGUUCCUGCUACCACUGCUGCAACAACAUCUGCGCAGUCAGUGGCGAUGACCAGUGCUGCCGCCGCAGCCUCAAUUGAACAAAAACCAAAAUCAGCUCCACCAAUCAGAAAAAAGCGAUCCAACAUCUCGAACUACAUCGAAAAAGUGAUACCUGAGGAAAUUUUGGCCGAGCGAUCGCAGCAUGUGAAGGCACUGAUCAAGAACCGGAUACUGAACAAGGGCACGCUGAACCACCCGAAGUCAUCCGCAGCCACAAUGACAGCACCAAAGGCGGCGUCAUCAUGCUCUGCCACGACAAAUGUGUUUAUGUCGCCCAUAGCCAAGGCGGAUGUGACGGUGCGGUCGAAGCAGCCGCCGUUGCUGCUGAAUCUGGUGAAUCAGUUGCCCAAGCACCGAGCCUUGUGCGGACCCAGCAUGCAGCAGUUGUGCAGACAGCAGGAACAGCAGCAGCAGCCUGUGCCCCAGCCACAGCCACAGCCAGUGGCGCCACUAAUCCACAAGGCACCAUCGCCGCCGCUGAUUGUGCUGGAGAACAAGGUCCUGGCGCCCGAGGAGAAGAUCGAUUUGAAUGAUCUACGUCUGCCCAGCACUUCUACGAUUCCACAGGCCUCCAGUCCGCCCCAGGGGAAGCCAGUGCCAGUGAUGGCCCGCCAGGUGCAGACUUAUGCCGGUCCCAGCUCAUCUAGGGCUGCCAAGACCAAGGUGAUUCUGAAUGCCAACAAACUGAAGGUGUCACGGGAGAAGCUAGCCGAGAUGGCCAAAGAGAUACACAGUCAGGUGAAGCAGGUGGAAAAGCAGCCAGCUCCGGCCUCAGUUUCCCCAAUCAAAGCGCCCGUAAGCCCAGAAGAAAUCAGUCCCAUUCUUGUCAGUUCAUUUUCAUCCCCGUCCCCAUCUCCAUCUCCCGUGCCGUCUCCGUCUCCUGCUCCAAAAGUUCUCUCCGCUGUGGACUUUAUAGCCCAACUGACCGCUGACAAUCCGCUGGAUGAGAGCAGCUUCAUAGAACUAUCGCCAGAAGAGCAAAUGAUGAGUGCUCUCUUUGGCUCAAGAGGAGGCAGCAUGCAGCCCACGGACGAGGAGGAGGAGGAGCCACCAGCAGUGCAAAGGCCAGAGGCCCAUGAACCCGAAGAAGAGUUGCCAAUUGGAAAGAUAUUGAAGCUGGAGGAAAUGGAUAUACUGCACGCCACAUUGGAUGUGAAUGAGGAUAGGGAGAGUGUCCUGCGGUUCAGUCCGAAUGCCAUAAAGCUGCAGAAUAGCGUGGUGGCACGCAGGAACCAAUCAGAAGCCAACAUGAGGCUCAUUUUAACGGAGGAAAGUCAGCUGCAGGAGCUGAUCCAGCAGGAAGCAGUUCCAGCUGAAAUAGCAGAGAAAACAGCCAGUGAAAUGUCUAAUAAUGAGGCAGAAAGGACGGAGGAAACUGCCAAGGAAAUUUCUAAAGACGAAGCAUUAAUAACAGCCAGGGAAAACUCCAAAAAUGAAGAAGGAAUGGCCAAAGAAACAGCCAGGGAAAUGUCCGAAAAUGAAGGAGGAAAAGCAGAGAAAACAGUCAAAGAAACGUCCAACAAUGAAGCAGGAAUGCCUGAGGAAGCCACAGAUCCACAGAUGGCGGAUAGUGGGCCUCUUUUCCAGUCAAACUCAGCUCCAGUUGCGGCACCCAGCAGGGAAAUGGAGGAUAAGCCACCGCCAGCCAAGCGGGCACCAAGGUUUAAGAAGGGAAAAGUAAAUUUAGUCCAACGCUCGAAACGAGUAAAUCCACCCCAAACAAUAGAGGCGCUGCCUGACCACGAGCUAAGCGAUGCAAAAAGGGUUAGGCUCAAUGUGGAGCAGGAAGAGGAGAACGAGCCGAUAUUGGAUCAGAGUUUCCUCGAGGAUAGUUAUGGAAGAAGGAGAGAAGUUAAGGUAAUUAAACAAGUGGAUGAUGGCCUAACAGCUAAAGACAAAGUAAACCUUCAUUUAUCUAGUGUUGAAAAAAAUCUGCAGGUCCAUGCAGAUGCAGAUGUGGGGGAGAGUGCAGUAGAAGAAGAAGAACAAGAAGAAGCAGCAGUAGUCAGAGAAACCAUCAAUGAAGAACACAAGAGCACAAGAGAAGACCCCGAAGAGAUACUAGUCAAGAAAGGAGCACAGGAGCUGGAACCACAAGAGGACAUGCCACCAAAGCCCUCAACAGAACGUGAUCUAAACCAACUCUAUCAUCCACCCAAAAUGCCAAAGAAUAAAUCAAUUAAAUUAGCGAAAAACGGAGAAGAUCAAUCAGAACCGGCCACAACGAGCAGCAGCAGCAGCAACAGCAGCAGCAAUGUGUCCCUUCUAUUGGAUGUCCUCAAUCAGGAGCCACCAGCAGCACAGGGCGAAGCGCUGCUACCAUUCCGCAAGCAGUCGCAGCCUGAGACCCAGUCCCAGGCCAGUGUAUCCACAGGAAUCGACAAUCUAAUGAGCCACUUGUCAGCAGAGAAGAUAAUGCCACAGCUCAAGAGGGUUUCACCCAUCCCUGCUCCCACGCCCCGCAAGAAACUAGUCAAGACACGACCUGCGCUCAACAAAAGAACCCCACGGCUCGGUUCCAUUGCAGCUAGCCAUCACGUUAGUGUAAGCGGUGGAGCAGGAUCAGGAGCAGGAGGUCGCAUGGCCACUUCCAGCACCAGUGAUGAUGAUGGAUCCGUGUUCCUGGGCUUUGAUAACAAAGAAGAGGAGCAACCUGUCGACAAGGAGCCGACCCUCAAGCGAGGAAAGCAAAAGCAAAUGAGGUUGAACGAAACGGAUAUCAGUGAUGAUGCCACGCCCGACUAUGACGAGACGGAGGAGGAGCAACAACAGGAGAACCAAAAGAAAUCCUCCAAUGAAGAUCAAACACUUUUAAGUGGAUCAAAAACGGCCCUAAAGCAGGCGGAACACACAGACAGUGAAGCCGAUGCUAGUCCCAUGCAGAUUGAAACACUUUAUUCCAUGGAAGUGGUGGAAAUAUGCGCAGAAGAUUUAAAAAAAUGUAAACCUACAGAUGAAAUUUGUACAGAAGAAGACUUGGACAUGACUGUUCCACUAGAUACCCAGACACCAGCGAAGGCCACUAGUCCUAGAAAGGAAGGCUCAUCUAUAAAGGAACUGCCACCGCCACAGAAUGUGGCCCGAACGGACACACCAAACGUCAGCGAAACUACAGAAAUAGCUGCAAUGGAGCCUGAAUCUGUGACAGUUACAAAGGACUCCUCGACACACGAAAGUAAAAGCAAAUUAAAUGAAAAUAAACCAAACGAAAAGGAUUCCCAUGAGUCUAAAACCAACCAGAUAGAAACAGAUUUAGAGGAGACUACCAGGAUCGAAGAACUACCAGAAGAACUACCAGAAGAACUACCAGAAGAACUACCAGAAGAACCACCAGAAGAACUACCAGAAGAACCACCUGAAGAACCACCAGAAGAACCAACGGUAAAGGCAAAAGGCAAGCGUAAGCCACGAGGCAGACCAAAAAGGGUAACCACUAAGGCUAAUCAUACAGAAAACUCCGAUCAAAUGGAGCUAAGAGAAGAGGGCAAUACAUCAGAUGUACCAAAUGAAGCAGACAUGUCGUCCUGUGGCAAAAGAAAGCGCACAUCUAGGAGUCGUUCAACCGAGUCAGUCCCAGUCCUACCUCAAGCUAUUCCAGCGGAAGAUGAUCAGCCCCAGUCUGCGGCUGUGAGCUCCACUCGCAAGCGAAAAGCGAGACUCAGUUCGCCCACAACAAUAGCCAAAGUGCCAGCCAAGAGAGGCAGGAAAAGUGUAGCGGCUGUGACUGAAGCAACUCCAACAGCAACAGCAACGUCAACGCCUGAAACGCUAAACAAACUGCAACUAGAGGAGGAGGCAGCAGAGGUAACGCCAACGAGGAAAAGAGGGCGUGCCAAGCAAGCAAAGAAUUUAAAUGCCGAGGAGCAGGAUGUAGAAACUAAUGUGGAGACCACACCAAAGACAAAAGAUGCCUUCCAAAUGCGUCUGUUGCUCAUACGAAAACGGGAACAGCUGGACACCAACGAGGAUCUCCAUGAGCAGGGCAAGGGCAAGGGACAGGGACCCCUCCAAUGUGGUCUGUGUCUGGGCCGCAGCACCAAGGCCAACUGGAACAAUCAUCUGAAGCAGCACUAUGGAGUGGGUUGGCUGCUCACAGAACAAGAGCCGCAACAGACUCUUUCACGGCAAGCUGUUCUGAACAUGAUGAAAGGCUACCUCAAGGAUGGACACUCCACACAUUUGACCUGUCGCCUGUGUGAUCGUCAGUUGGGCUCUGGCCUGGGCAUGUUGACGCACCUGGAAUCGUGCGGGGACAACGAUCGGCCGGAAUGUCAGUACUGUAAGCGCGGCUACACAAAGCUCUAUCUCCGCUUGCAUGAGCAAGCCUGUCGGCAACGUACCAUGAUCGAGCAGCAGCAGCAGCAGCAGGAGAAGGAGGAUAAACCAGAGACAGAGGCAGAGACUACUGCACCGGUUCAGGCUGCUAAAACAACCGAAAGCAGUCCCUCGCCGUUCAGUAAUGUUGAUUGGAUCAAGCGUUUGCUGCUCAUCCGUAAGCGGGAACAGUUGGACACCAACGAAGAGCUUUACGAGGAGGUUAAGGGAAAGGGACCCCUCCAAUGUGGCCUGUGCCUGGCACGCAGCACCAAGGACAUGUGGCAAUCACACCUGAGGCAGCAUUACGGCGUGGGUUGGCUCACGGGCAAAGAACCGCCGACUCUCACGCGCCAAAGUGUGAUCGGCAUGAUGAUUGCUUACCUUAAGCAGGGGCAUGCGAAGCAUUUGGAGUGUCGCCUUUGCGCUCGCCAGCUGGGCUCUGGCCUGGGCAUGCUGAUGCAUCUGGAGACUUGUGGCAGCAACGAUCGGCUGGAGUGUCAGCACUGCAAGCGCAGCUACACGAAGCUCUAUCAUCCCACACAUGAGAAAACGUGUAGGAAGCGGCCUGCCGGCCUGCAGCCGAAGAACGGGAACACAACAGAGGCAGCCACCGUAGCGGAAACUACGGGUCCAGUGUACACGAAUGCGGGCUAUGCCAAGCGCAAGUCUACCAUCAAAGCCGAAAAUAAAUUAAAGAAAAUUGAGGCGGAGGAAGUAAGUUCGAGUGCCAAUCGGAAAGGCGACUUUGAAGGCGAUUCAUCAGACUACGAUAUGAACCAGGACAACGAGUCCUCGGAGGAAUACGAUUCGGAGGUGGUCGAUUCCAAUGAGGAUGCUGCGCAGACAGAGGAAGACAUCGGCCCCAGUGAUACGCCCAGAUCGAAGCAGAUUAAGCGGAUCAAACGCAAGAAGUUGGACGGGAACAGUAUGAGGAGUGACAAGCAAACGGGAGGCACUAACUGUCAGUCAUUGUACUCCCGCUAUGCUAAGCUGAAGGAAAAGGUGCAACAAAAGUGGAAUCAAUUCACCGAAACAAACUAUGCUGCAGAGGCCUUGUAUCCACAGGUUAAGCCUGGCUAUGCCAGGCUCUCGUCAGCGGAGGCCAGUGCGUUGUUGCCUGCCAAGGAUAACAGAUCCAUGCGCUAUGCGUAUGGGGAUGUUAAAACGGCAAACAAUUGGCGGCAGCUGGCACCGCUAGAGAGCUUCCAGACAGCCGAUGAGCACAUUGGCUAUUUGGGGGCACCCAUCAAGCAGCUCGCCUGGGCACCCCUGCCGCCAACGGUCGCCGAGCAAUAUCUGCUGUGCUCCUUCCGCAAACAGAUGCUGGCCCAUGCGAGGCACAUGCCGCAGAAGCAGACGGAUGCCCUGUUAAUGCUGCUCAAGUGCACGCUACCAGAGAACAGGAAGCAGCAAGGAGUGUGGCCCCUGGAGACAUGCCUGCACUAUGCGAUACGUGUGCCCAAUGGACCCGUGCAUUGGUUUGCAUUUAUGCCCAGCGGCGGGUAUGACAAGUCGGCAAAUCGAUUGGGUCUGCUGGCGGUGGCUAGUUCGUCAAGCGAAGUGAAGAUCUAUGCCCUGCCCCUGGAACUGGAAGAUGAGGCAACUGGAAAUGCGGCUAUUGAACUACAGUCAACGCUUACACUCACCUUGGAUAUGCAGAAUCCUGUAAAGGAUCAGUGUACUAAAAUCUGUUGGUCUGAGGGCUCUAGUCACAAUCUCCUGGUGACUGGCUAUGCCAGUGGCAACGUUGCCUUUUGGGAUAUUUCGGAUGAGCAGGGCAUCAAUUGCUUCAAACGGAACGGUCAUCUACAUUUUGUGCCCUUGCAUUAUUUCUACUUUGGCGAGCAUAAUAUCCAGACUCUGGAGCUUCAUUAUGACACGAAUGGACCACGUUGGCUGGCAAUUGGUACAUCAACGCGUAAAUUGUGGAUCUAUGAUAUUAUCAACUGGACGCAGCCGCUGCCCAUAAACGAAGACUCUAUCGCCAAUCUGUAUUUGGCCAAUGCCAGCUGGCCACCCAUCUGGGAAACGCUAGUCGUUGGCUGCAGUGAUGUUCAGCGACGCUUCUACUCGCGCUUGAUAUCGCUCAGCCCAACGGGCAUCUUAUUUAACAAUAAAACGCUGGACUAUACGGUUAGCUCUGCGCGCGCCUUGCACUUCAAUGUGUGGGACAAUAUCCAAGUGGUGGGCACCGACAAUGGGGAUCUGGUGUUCCUCAAUGCCCGAGAGCUCAACGCGGAGCCCAUACUGCUGAAGAUGUUGAACAAAUGUCGCGCCGUGUCCAGCAGUAAUCUGUGCAAUCUGAACACGGACUCCACAACCUCUGCUCCCGACACAACCAUAACUACCGACGACUUUCUACGUGAUUUUGGCUUGAACGUCAAGCCAUUGGCUGGGGUGACCAAGUCGCAGAAGAAUGCCUACAUCGAUCCGAAGCGACUGCCCAAACCCUACGAGCUUUUGGCCAUGACGCGUUUGAACACCGUGCGCUGCAAUUGGAACCGCCCGGCGCACAGUUGGGUGGCUGUUGGCGCCGAGCACGGUCUGCUGCGCAUCGUUUAUUUUGAUCGGGAUAAAUUCUUUUAGCGGCACAUCCUGGGCAAUAUCUCCUGUAAUAGGCACAGAACUGAGAGUAUAUUACUUUCUGUUUAAUUGUAUGGCUAGUGUGGAUGAUGGAUAAUCAUAGUUGUAAUUUAAUUAUAGCUCUUGUUACAUUAUAUAUUUGCUAUAUAUUUUAUAUGGAUUAGAUAUACCUACACCUGUAACCUGCUUGGCAAACAAAUUCUAAUCUAAAGAUACAUA